AUGAGUGAUGGUUUUAAUCAGUGUAUAAAUACAGUCAGUAUUGAAGGUAAAAAUAUCACAAAUCUUCUGUUCUUCAAACUAUCAACAUCACAACCAGCCGACACUAAAUUCAAGAUGAACACCCUCUUUACCAUCGCCUUAUGUUUGACCUUCGCCGCUACCACCCUUGCUUUUAAUCCAAUGAUUGGCGGUAUGGGUAUGAUGGGUGGUAUGGGUAUGAUGGGAGGUAUGGGUAUGAUGGACCCCUACAUGAUGGGUAUGGGAGGACUUGGUAUGAUGGGAGGUAUGGGAGGACUUGGGAUGAUGGGAGGUAUGGGAGGUAUGGGUAUGAUGGGUGGUAUGUACAACCCAAUGAUGAUGGGUUAUGGUGGACUCGGUAUGCUCGGUGGAAUGGGCGGAUACGGUAUGAUGGGCAAAUAA